GAGACAGUGGUGAUAAGAGAGAUGAAGACAAGUUCAAGUUGGGGUUCUGGAAAUAAACACGUCAAUGGUUUCUUUAUAAGUAUCAUUUUUAUGUACUUAUGUCCCCAAGCCCACACUUGACAAAUCUAAGUGCUGCUCUCAUGGAGAAACAUCUGUUUCUCUGCAUUUUCUUAGCUUUCUUCCUUCAUUUUUCCACACUUUCCUUCGUUCAUGCACAAGUAACCAACAUUUCCACAGACAAACAAGCUCUUCUUGCCCUUAAAGCUCGUAUAAGCCAUGAUCCAAGCAAUUUGUUGACCAGCAGUUGGUCCACAAGUUCUUCUGUUUGUCACUGGAUGGGCAUAACUUGUGGUGCUCGUCACCUUCGAGUAACAGGUUUGAAUAUAUCUCACUUUGGUCUUACAGCCACCCUUCCUCCUCAACUGGGAAAUCUAUCUUUCCUUUCAAGGCUAGACAUCAACAACAACAGCUUUUAUGGCGCUCUCCCUGAAGAAUACGCACAGUUACGUCGGCUGAAAUAUCUUGUUUUGAGUCGUAAUAGCUUAUCGGGUGAACUCCCUGCAAGUAUUUUUGAUAAUCUUCCCAAUUUGCAGUUGCUUUAUUUGCGUUCUAACAUGUUCGAGGGAAGAAUACCAUCGACCAUAUCUAAAUGCAGAAGCUUGCAAAACUUAUCCUUGUCAUUCAAUAAUUUCACAGGAGCCAUUCCGAAAGAAAUUGGAAACUUGACUCAACUUAGAGCGAUCUAUCUUGGAUACAACAAACUUCAAGGAGAAAUUCCAAAAGAGCUUGGUAAUCUUGCAAAACUGGAGCGAUUAUCACUGCCAAAUAGUUACUUAACAGGAACUAUUCCAAGAGAAAUUGGGAACUUGACAUUAAUCAAAUAUCUAUAUCUAUACUCGAACAAAUUAACAGGUAAAUAAUAAACCUCUCUCAAAACUUCAUGUUAUUAUGACUUGUGGAACUCAUCACCUUCGAGUAACAGCUUUGAAUAUUUCUCACUUGGGUUUCACAGCCACCCUUCCCCCUCAUCUAGGAAAUCUAUCUUUCCUAUCAGAACUAGACAUCAGCUCCAACAGCUUUUACGGCUCUC